AAAUAGCAAUGACAGGGGACUUGGCUCCGUGUUAAAUAUCUGCCGAGCUGCCUGAAAGACUCUGAAAUGACAAUAGGGAGAAUGGAGAACGUGGAGGUCUUCACUUCUGAGGGCAAAGGCAGGGGUCUGAAGGCCACUAAGGAGUUCUGGGCUGCGGAUGUCAUCUUCGCCGAGCGGGCUUAUUCCGCAGUGGUUUUUGACAGCCUUGUUAACUUUGUGUGCCAUACCUGCUUCAAGAGGCAGGAGAAGCUUCAUCGCUGUGGACAGUGCAAGUUCGCCCACUAUUGUGACCGCACCUGCCAGAAGGAUGCUUGGCUGAACCACAAGAACGAGUGUUCGGCCAUCAAGAGAUAUGGGAAGGUGCCCAAUGAGAACAUCAGGCUGGCGGCCCGCAUCAUGUGGCGGGUGGAGAGAGAGGGCACUGGGCUCACAGAGGGCUGCCUGGUGGCUGUGGAUGACCUGCAGAACCACGUGGAGCACUUCGGGGAGGAGGAGCAAAAGGAGCUGCGGGUGGACGUGGACACUUUCUUACAGUACUGGCCGCCCCAGAGCCAGCAGUUCAGCAUGCAGUACAUCUCACACAUCUUUGGCGUGAUUAGCUGCAAUGGCUUCACACUCAGUGACCAGAGAGGCCUGCAGGCAGUGGGUGUGGGCAUCUUCCCCAACCUGGGCUUGGUGAACCAUGACUGUUGGCCCAACUGCACCGUUAUAUUUAACAAUGGCAAUCAUGAGGCAGUGAAAUCCAUGUUUCACACCCAGAUGAGAAUUGAGCUCCGGGCCCUGGGCAAGAUCUCAGAAGGAGAGGAGCUGACCGUAUCCUAUAUCGACUUCCUUAACGUCAGUGAGGAGCGCAAGAGGCAGCUGAAGAAGCAGUACUAUUUUGACUGCACGUGUGAGCACUGCCAAAAAAAGCUGAAGGAUGACCUCUUUCUGGGGGUGAAAGAUGACCCGAAGCCCUCUCAGGAAGCGGUAAAGGAAAUGAUACAGUUGUCCAAGGAUACACUGGAAAAAAUUGACAAGGCUCGCUCUGAGGGUUUAUACCAUGAGGUUGUGAAAUUGUGCCGGGAGUGCCUGCAGAAGCAGGAGCCGGUGUUUGCCGACACCAACCUCUACACGCUGCGGAUGCUGAGCACUGUUUCGGAGGUCCUCUCCUACCUCCAGGCCUUUGAGGAGGCCUCGCACUACGCCAGGAGGAUGGUGGAUGGCUAUAUGAAGCUCUACCACCCCAACAAUGCCCAGCUGGGCAUGGCCGUGAUGCGGGCAGGGCUGACCAACUGGCAUGCUGGGAACAUUGAGGUGGGGCACGGGAUGAUCUGCAAAGCCUAUGCCAUUCUCCUGGUGACACAUGGACCCUCCCACCCAAUCACCAAGGACUUAGAGGCCAUGCGGAUGCAGACGGAGAUGGAGCUGCGCAUGUUCCGCCAGAACGAGUUCAUGUACCACAAGAUGCGUGAGGCCGCCCUGAACAACCAGCCCAUGCAGGUCAUGGCAGAGCCCAGCAGUGAGCCAGCCCCGGCUCUGUUCCAUAAGAAGCAAUGAGGACCGGUCUGGUGGGGGAGGGGCACCGUGGCUGGGGACCUGGGGAGACGUUCUGGAGGUGGUAGGUUUCUGGGAAGACCCUUGAUGAGGAAGUCGGGGUCAUGUUCACGCUUGUUGCUGUGGGUGUAUAUUGCUCUGUGUUCCUAAGUUCAUUUUGGUUCAUUUAAACUCAGUUCGAUUCAGUUGAACUCUACCCCAGCCCAGCCUAGCCUCGCCCAAUUUAUCCUGUAAAUAUUUAUUGGGUGGUAGACCCAAGGGAUAAAGAGGCUUCAAAUGUAGCUGGGCAGCCAAAAUGUAAACAAUUAAAGCACAGUAUAAUAAUAAAUGCAAUGGUAAACUAUAUGGGGGGGGGUGCAGUGGAGGGCAUGUGGCUGGUGUGUGUGUGUGUGUGUGUGUGUGUGUGUGCAUGUGUGUGUGCGUGUGAGUGCGCACAUGCAUUCAUUGGGAGGAGUGUCAUGGAGGAGAUGAUAUUUGAGCUGAGAGGGUGGCAGGUGCCAGGAGUCUCAGGUGACUGCGGACCCACCUGUGCAGGUAUCUCAGGGACUGCUGGUCUUACUCAUGGUCUGGAAUACUCAGGUCUUGUCCGACUAGGAUGGAUGAUGUCUAGUUUCCUCAGAUUAGUGUGGGAUUAUAAAGAAGGGGUGAUGUUUGGGCCAUUUGAGUUCUACUCAGAGAACCAAAACCUCUUAGUAAAUAUGAGAAUGAGAUGAAUGUGCAGAAAUAGGUGGGGCUUUGCCCAAACCACUCAAAGCCUCAGUUUAAAGUCUGGAUUCCAAGUAUUAUUCUGAAACUAUUUCUAAAACACACAGAGGGAGUGUCUCCCCCCACCCAUCCUCACUGUCAAGCCUUGAUUCCCUGUGAUGUGGGUGCUACUUGAACAAUAUCUGAGAUUUUAUUGGCCACUGGUCAACCAGGAUUGAAGUCUUAGCAGGGUGAAGCUGAAGGAGAAGCUUGGAAACACACAUACCUGAUGGUCAUGGGUUCAGCAGAAUUGGUUUGGGGAGGUUUUAUUUGGUUACAUGUAGGGCUUAGGCGUCAUCAUAGGCCCCGAGCAAAUUUCUAUUCCUAGUAAGGAAUAAUUAUGAUUUCUCUUGCUUAAUUUCUCUCACUGCCCAUCCCCUGAGGCCUCUGCAAGUCUCACCAGGGGGAAAGUCUAAUCCGGACUCUGCACGCCUAGGUUAGGAUCUCCUUGGGGACGUGACUGACUUGUCAUCAUUUCCUGGGAGGUUGCUGUGGUUUCCACCCAAGAGUUAGGGUCUUGGGAUCAGCCAAAUCUAGUUGUCCCAUUACCUUCUGGGGUCCUAAACUUCUCACCAAUGUUUUGGGGGAAUCCUGGAGCAAAGCUAUCCGUUUGGGGAGUGUCACCAAUCUUCUAUACCACCUGGGGCCACCCUUGACCCCAGAGCUCUAACCAUCUGGAAGCAAUGCCACCAGGCCCCAUAUUUGUCAUCUCUGCCUAAAGUGUUGGUUCCUCUGUUCCUACUUUUUCAUCCUCAAAACCACCCACUGCCUCCCUCUUAACCUUUCCAGUGGCUCUGCAAAUAUGCCAAAAAACUGUCCAAAAGCUCUGUGAAUGUGCUAUGUCUUUGCACAGUAUUCAUGUCUGGCAUUUGGCUCUUCUUCAAGGAUACCCCCUUCUCUAGAAGCUUUCACAGGAAGAUUGGCCAUUCUUCCAAGCCUUCAUACCAACAGACCUACAGAUGGCACCAGCAUUCUUCCAGGGGCCCAACUGCACAUUGAAAUAAUCACUUUUCUGCCUCCUAUAAAACCUGCCCCCCACCCACUACCCUUCUCUGUCACUGUCGUCUGCCAUUCCGCCGGUCAUGCUCCCAUAUUCAUGGUCUUAUUUUCCAUCCCCUCUGCCUCAAAUGUGGUGUCUUCAAUGUCCCCUCACAAAAAUCAUCUAAUCCUCUUGCUUCACAGAUUCUUUAUUUACUCAAUUACAGAUAUCUUUCCAGUUUUUCCAUUAGCACCCUCUCCUGACCAUAGUUUCUCCAUUUUUAUUUUAUUUUAUUUUUAAGUAAACUCUACACGCAGUGUGGGGCUUGAACUCACAACUCUGAGCUCAAGAGUCACAUGCUCUACUGACUGAGCCAUCCAGGCACCUCAAUUUCUCCAUUUUUGAUGUUUAACUUUCUGGUCAUUGCUUCCUACCUUUUCGCCUCUCUUUUUUCUCCACCCCAGAUUACUAUAUGACAUGUAUACUGGAGUGUUUCACCCUGCUACUUUCUUUGCCUCCUUCCAGAUAAGCUUCUGCCCGUUGUCCCUUUCUGCCUGGCAGAGUCUCAACC